AUGCGUCUUCUCAUUCUUCUCCUAGUCAUUCUUCCAAUCAUCUGUAUGUCCAUCUACCUGGAAGAAGACAGUUUCCGACGCAACGAGAUCCAUAGAAAAUUCGCGCCAUUCAAACAAUCCGAUGAAGGCCAAAAUGACGAUGAUUACGAUGGUCAAAACUUGCGUCUCGAGCGCAAAAAAUUCAAUUGGAGAAUGAUUGGUGGGUUUUUGAAGAGCAUUCCACGCAUGUUCCGUCCGCCGCUCAUCAGCCUCGGUGGCAUCCAUCUCCCGGCGGCGCAGCAACAGCAACAAGUCGCUCAAUAA